AUACUACAAUCCGUACUGUACCUUAGGCUAACCUAUAAAAAGUGAUAUCUAUAAUAUCUAUUUCCCUGUCAGAUUAAAGCAUGUAAAACAAAUUAUAGUGACACUGCUGUUAUUCGAAUCAGAUUUAAACUGGGUAAUAUCAAAGAAGCCAUGACCUGAAUCGCAUUGAUGGCUGUGAAGGAGAUAAAGCUAUGUUUACUAGGGGAGUCGGGUGUUGGGAAGUCGAGCAUUGUACUGAGAUUUGUCCGUGACCAAUACAAAGAAUGUCUAGAAAGUACAAUAGGGGCCUCGUUUAUGACAAAGAGGGUGGUGCUGGAUGAGAGAACAUUCAUCUUCCAGAUAUGGGACACUGCAGGCCAGGAGAAGUACCGAUCACUGGCCCCAAUGUAUUAUCGAGGGGCAGCGGCAGCUAUUGUGGUGUAUGAUAUCACCAGAGAAUCAUCUUUCCCUGCGGCCCAGGAGUGGGUGAAGGAGUUACAGAGAAUGGCGUCUGGGAACAUUGUGAUUGCCGUUGCGGGAAACAAGUGUGACCUUGAAGAUCUCAGGGAAGUCUCCACUGUCGAAGCAAAAGCAUAUGCAGAGAAUAUUGGUGCAAUUUAUGUGGAGACGAGCGCCCUCACAGCCGUCAAUAUUCAACAUGUCUUCGAAGAAAUAGCGCGUAAACUUCCUGCCGAUGACUUCACUCCGUCCAUGGGAACCAGUUACUACCUGCAUGGGACCGCACGAGAACCGGGGACACGUCGUGCACAGGAGAAAAAAGGCUGUUGUGGGGGAGGGGGGAAACGAAACUCUGAUAUUAUUUACUAGUUUUCUGUAGUUAUCUCCCUUUGUAGUUAUCUCCCUUUCCAUGAGGAGGACAGUUGUCUGUAUCGGUCAGGGAUGGGAGAAUAUAUAUAAUUAUAUACAUAAUAAAAAGGUAUCUGACGCCGUUUCACUCCUCUAUAUUUUUUACAAAAGACAUGUUUGUGUAUUCAAGCUAUACAAGGCAAGUGUAGGGUUGUGGUCAAUAAUUUUGUUUUAUUACUUGGAAAUUCAGGUUUAUUAUGUACAGUCGCAACACUUUGGCUCGAUAUCCUAGGGACCGGCCAAAGUUCUUCAAGCUUGUAAAUAUUGAGCUAAGCAGGAGUGCUUACAAAGAGUAAAAGUAAAAUCAGUCCUUUACAUCAAGUUUGAGCCAACAUGGAAUUCGAACCAAGGGAUAUUGAGAUGGUUAUCGAGCCAAAGGUAUAUCAUUUUGACCCCUGUCCCUAACCGAUACUGCAACCUAUGGGCAGAUCUCUUACUAAUCAGAACAAGAGGGGACAAUGUUCAAUUAUCUACCUUGUAUGGAUUGCCCAAUCUACAUAUUCUUAAAUAUUUAAAGAGUUCCUUAAAUAGUUAAAGACCUCUUCAAUUCAAUAAAAGAGGUCUCCAAUCAAAUCUGUGACAGCAACACAAUUGAAUUAGAGAUCUCUCCAAAUCAUGGUGAUAGCUGUACACUUAAAUGGAAGAUAUUUUAAACUGAACUGAAUUGAAGAGCAUUAUUACUGAAAUUUGAAUUGUAGAGCUCCCCAAAUUGAUAAGAGACCUUUCUUAUUGAAUUGGGGAUAUCUGCAAAUCAUUAUUGUAUAUUGUUUUGUUUCAAAUUGAGCCGAAUUAAUGCUCUCAGCAAUAGAAUUAUAGAGGCCAUAAAUAGAGUACCUGUAAGAGCCAUCUUCAAAUAAAUUAUUGAUGAGAACAGAUUUGUAAGAAAUGGAGCUAUCUUCAAAUUAUUUGAUGUCCUCAUGACUUGAUUUAGAGCUCUCCUCAAUUUAUUUGAAGAGCUCUAUGAUUCAAUUAGUGAGAGCAACAAUUGAAUUCUAGCUAGCAAUAAUUAAAUGGUUAUUAAAACAAAUGAAUUAGCAACUCCUUAAAAUCAAUUAAAGAGGUCUUAAAAUCAUUUGCAGAGGUCUCAAAUUAUUUGAAAGAGAUUUUAACAUAUUUGAGUUUAUGUAAAUUUGGCGUUGCAUUACCUCGACCCAUGCAAUAUUUGGAACACGUUCAUAUUUUAUAUUCAAAGCCUAAAUUUUUUAUGCAUAUAUUAAUUUAAUAUACAUAUAUACAUGUAGUUCUACUUAUUGUUCUUAUUUCAUUUUAUAUGCACAUUUGUCACACACUUUUCGUUGUACAUGGUACACUUUCUUGAAAAUAGUGAUUUCACAUACAGUUUUAUUAAUUUUAUUUACCUGAGAGUGUUUUACUUUCAUACUGUGGAUGGAUAUUUCAUACAAUAUCAAGAUUUAUACAUAUACUCGUUCUUGUUUUUUGUAGCUUUGAUUAUGUUAGUGCUGUCUAUUAUUAUUCAAAUUUAAGCAAACAAAUGAACUAAUGAAAAUAGUGAAAAGUUUUCAUUGCUCAAUGUUUAGCUCAACUGUUUUUUCAAAGAAAUAAACUGAGCUAUUGUGGCGUCUUUGUCGGUCAAUCUUAAUCUAAUGUAUAAAACUAUUAACCUCGGCCAUAAGUAAAAACACAUUGAAGAUAUACAAAGGAAACUUUAAACAGAUGUGAAAGAGAUAAUACGAACACGUGAACAUAUAAAGAAAUGCUUAUAACUCUUGCUUAAAUGCUUGUUGAGUUAUGCCCCUUUUUUCAUUGAAAGAACAACAGUAGAACGAUGGUGGACGCUCUUCGAUGCUCUCGUGUGAAUACAUUUUUGCUGUUGACGAUAUAACCACCUUACUUAAUGUUUGUAUAAUUACUGUCUCAUGUAAAAUUGAAACUUGCUUACGGUACUUGAAAGCCUGUUUUAUAUUGGAUUUCUUAAGUAGUUUGUUGUUGUUUUCAUUCCUUAGUAUUUUUAUUCUUUAAGUUAUGCUUUGAGUAGCAUUGAUUCCAAUAAAUUCAUUCCUGUUGAAAGCUUUUUUUUUUUAAUGUUGACUAAUACAUGUACUAACAAAAAUAUCAUGACCCCUGGGCUGAAUGUUGUGGUGAGAAGUUUGUUUGCUUCGAAAAAAAACAUGCUCAUUACCAUACAGCAGAUUGAUUAUAACAGUUUAUUAUUCAGGUGGCUUAUGUAUGUGAUGUGGUUUUUGGGGCCGUAUCUACACAAAACAUUUGUUAAAUCAAAUAUGAUUGAGACAUCUUAAAGUCAUAACUCUUGAGCAUAAUAUAAUGAAAAAACUAUAUAUAUUUUUUUACUGUUUAGUUGAAAAAUCAUUAAUUUAAUAUAACAAAGGUUUUCAUCGAUCAGCUGUAUAUGUUCUGAAGCCGGUUUUUGUGCUAUACUCGAAAUAUUUUUAUGUUUUUGUAUUUGUUAAUAAAUUAUCUAUUGCUUUUG